CUAAAUAAGAUGUCACUGCGAGCGAUGGGUGUGCUGGGCCAGGCGUGCCGCUUCAGCCGCUUUGCCCAAGUGCUGAGGCAGAGCCACCGAUCCGCCCCAGCAGCGCUUAAUCUCGCCCUGGAAUCUCGGCGAUCGCCGGCCGCCCCCCCGCUGCGUCGCUUCUCCACGGAGCCGAAGAAAUCCCCCGAAUCGGUGGUGGACAAGCACGAGUUCCAGGCGGAGACCCGCCAGCUGCUGGACAUCGUGGCCCGCUCCCUGUACUCCGACCACGAAGUCUUCGUGCGCGAGCUCAUCUCGAAUGCCAGCGAUGCGCUGGAGAAGUUUCGCUACACCUCGCUGAGCGCCGGCGGCGAGAAUCUGGCUGGCAAGGAUCGGCCGCUGGAGAUUCGCAUCACCACCGACAAGCCGCAGAUGCAGCUGAUCAUCCAGGACACGGGCAUCGGCAUGACCAAGGAGGAGCUGGUCAGCAACCUGGGCACCAUCGCACGCAGCGGUUCCAAGCAGUUUCUGGAGCAGAUGAAGGGCAACCAGCAGGCGGCCUCCUCGGAGGCUUCCUCCAACAUCAUCGGUCAGUUCGGCGUGGGCUUCUACUCCUCCUUCAUUGUGGCCAACAAGGUGGAGGUCUACACGCGGGCGGCCACGCCCAAUGCGCCCGGCCUGAAGUGGUCCACGGACGGCAGUGGCUCCUACGAGAUCGAGGAGGUGGCCGACGCCGAGCUGGGCACCCGCAUUGUGCUGCACCUGAAGACCGAGUGCCGCGAGUACGCGGACGAGGAGCGCAUCCAGGCGGUGAUCAAGAAGUACAGCAACUUUGUGGGCUCGCCCAUCCUGCUCAACGGCAAGCAGGCCAACGAGAUCAAGCCGCUGUGGUUGCUCGAUCCGCAGAGCAUCAGCCAGGAGCAGCACCACGACUUCUAUCGCUUCAUCAGCAACAGCUUUGAUGUGCCGCGGUUUACGCUUCACUACAAUGCCGAUGUUCCUCUGAGCAUUCAUGCGCUGCUCUAUUUUCCAGAGGGAAAACCUGGGCUAUUUGAGAUGUCCCGCGACGGAAACACCGGCGUCGCCUUGUACACGCGCAAGGUGCUUAUACAGUCCAAGACGGAGCACCUGCUGCCCAAGUGGCUGCGCUUCGUGAAGGGCGUCGUCGACUCCGAGGACAUUCCUCUAAACUUGAGCCGCGAGCUGCUGCAGAACAGCAGCCUGAUUCGCAAGCUGUCCAGUGUGAUUUCGAGCCGUGUGAUUCGUUUCCUGCAGGAGCGCUCCAAGAAGCAGCCCGAGGAAUACGAGGCCUUCUAUCGCGACUACGGGCUCUUCCUGAAGGAGGGCAUUGUAACCUCCAGCGAUGCGAGUGAGAAGGAGGAAAUUGCCAAGCUGCUGCGCUUCGAGUCUUCCAAGUCCGAGGACGCCAGUGGCCGUAUGUCCCUGGACGAGUACUACAAGAGCGUUCCGGCGGAACAGCAGAAUAUCUACUACCUGGCGGCGCCCAAUCGCGUUCUGGCCGAAUCUUCGCCGUACUACGAGAGCCUCAAGAAGCGCAACGAGCUGGUGCUCUUCUGCUAUGAGCCCUACGACGAGCUGGUGCUCAUGCAGCUGGGCAAGUACAAGAGCAAGAACCUCGUGUCCGUGGAGAAGGAGAUGCGCCAGGACUCAAAGGACUCGGCGACCGUCACUGACUUUGGCGAGGGCAGCCUGCUGCGCUCGGAGCUGGACGCUUUGAUUCCCUGGCUGGAGGAGGAGCUCAAGGGCCAGGUUAUUAAGGUGAAGCCCACCUCCCGCCUGGACACCCACCCCUGUGUCAUCACCGUGGAGGAGAUGGCCGCCGCUCGCCACUUUAUCCGCACCCAAAGUCACCAGGUUCCCGAACAGAAUCGAUUUGCCCUGCUGCAGCCAGAACUGGAGAUCAAUCCGAAGCACCCCAUCAUCAAGAAGCUAAACAAGCUGCGCGAGAGCGACAAGGAUCUGGCCCAGCUCAUCGCCAAGCAGCUCUUUGCCAACGCCAUGGUGGGCGCCGGUUUGGCGGAGGAUCCCCGGAUGCUUCUGACCAACAUGAACACGCUUCUUUCCAAGGCUCUGGAGAAAUACUAGGAUGGGGCGGAAAAAGCUUAUUGUAAAUCUACCGACUAUGUAAUAUUAAUUUGUUUAAUUACUCUAAUUAAAUGUGUUGAAAUAGUUUUAACUAU